AAAACCAAAAAAAAUCAGAGAGGAGAGAGAGAGAGAGAGAGACGCUCGUCGUCGGGGUGCCGGGCCCGCUUGGAGCCGAGCAGCGGAUGGCGUCGUCGGUCGAGCAGCAGAUGGCGGCCGCCCUCGAGCGGGGAGCCCCCGUCGCCACCGCGCCUGGCGGAGGCGGCGCGGGAGCGCUGGAUCCCCAGUGGAGGAAGACGGCGGCGGCGGCGCUGCGGGGGCGGAUGGCGGCGCAGCGCGAGCGGGGGGCGGGCGCCGCCGCGCUAGCGUCCGCCCGCUCGCUCGCCCUCCAGGCCUUCUCGCGCCAAGGCACCCAAGAGCAGCUCAAAGGGCUCAAGGAUCAGUUGCGCGACCUCCAAUCUCAGCUCACCGAAACUCUCUCCGUUCAGUCGUGCAAGGAAUCAAAGGGCAAACUUACCACCGAGUCGAUUUCUGACGCCACUGCUAUGAUUGAGCGGCUCGGUAACUCGGUUGCCGAUCUAAGGGACAAGAGGGACAAACGCACCACAGUCAUAUCCGAGCUACUUCAAGCUCUUGAACCACUGGAAGCAAAUACUAAUGAAGAUGCAGCAGUGCGGGAGAAGAUGGAAGAAGCUGUUUUCUGGUAUGAGAAGUUUCUUGGCUUCAAGAUCGUUGGAGGAGAAGAAGGUGUGAAGUUUGUUUUCAACAAGGUUGACCCGCAAAGUCCAGAGACAGAAUACUCAUUUUGCAUAAAUUUUGACAAAGAUAGAUAUAACUCAGUGCUCGAAUGUGAUCCGCACAUCAAAGAUGUUGAGAAACUGGUGAAGGAUUUGAAUUUGAGUGAUAAUGUAGUCAAGUUUGUAAGGAUCAUCAGAGAGAAAUUCCAGUCUUCUGCAAUGAAUGGGGCUCUUCCUAUAAGCACAGUUGUUGAACCAGAUGUCUCUGCUGCACCAUUUCCAUCUCCCAUGGUGACUUCAGUUGAUGGCAGAAGUGAGGAUGUUCCAAAUCAAAGCCAUUCCCAAAGCAAGAAGCAGUCUCUUCCUGCUAAGAGAGGAGCCACAGCCCUGUCAGCAACAUCUCCUGGCAGUUUGCGUCGUUCCUCACGUGCCAAGGGCGUGCGGUGAGCUGGCAGCCAAGCAGAUUCUGACCUGGACAAGCUGAUGAAUCCUCCUCUUCUGCCUGUGAUUUGGUAGAAGCCUAGAAGGAACCAAGUGAUUAGCUGAUGUAGUGUGGUGAUUCUGCUGUCCUUAUGGUGUGGCUGCUUGGUUGGCUUGGCAGAGUUGCUAACUUGGCCUGUAAAUAAUUUCUUAUAGUCUGCUCUAGUGGAUGAGUUCAUGAGUCGUGUUCUGGUUAAUGGUGUGUGUAUAUGGUAAGUGUCGUUGAGAUCUCCACAACCAUGAGUAGAAAGUGACUCCUUGGUUUUCUGAAAUUUCCAUGAGGGCGUUUCUUGCACCUUGGUACA